AUUGACAGCCAAGCAGCCUAAACCUAAUCCUCACAAAGACUAAAGGGAUUGGCAGGAUACAUUUUUCUCCGUGAGGAAAAGAGGGAUUUUAUUUAUCACUGUCUUUUUUUGUUGCGUUGUUUUCAUUUUCUAUUACAAUAUCAGCGGGGAAACCAGUAUUUUCAUCACGAAAUUUCUCUAUUACCCCAUACUGUUGACGUUUACGCUUCAACAAUGGAAUCUAUCCGCCCUCAGCGACUUCAACCAGGGAUAGGAUUUGGAGCUGGAUCGACUGGGACCCUACGGUCUUCUCUCCGGCCUGGGGUUACAAUGCCAACCGCACCUCUACUGCCUCCCCCGGCUUCUUUAUGUGCUUCCUCUGGGCCGCCUCCGCCGCUUCAACUGCACAGUCUUCACGGCACUAUUGGGAGUGCGGGGCUCGGAACAGGGAUGGCUGGAUUCGGUCUAUGUAAUCCAGGGAACCCGGCGGUCUUGAAGGAGGCGGUGGAGGCUGUUGUUCGGAGUUUUGCGAAGCAUACGCAGGGCUAUGGCAGAGUGAAUGUGGUGGAAGCCUUGCAAGAGUUCUGGCAGAUGAAGCAGUCAAGAGGGGCAGACCUCAGGAAUGGGGCGCUGGUGGUGUACGAGAUGGUCCCAUCAAACAACCCACCCUACGUUUGUUACGUCAGUCUUCCAGGGGGAAGCUGCUUUGGGAGUUUCCAGUUUUGUCCAACCAAGGCUGAGGCAAGACGUAGUGCUGCCAAAAUCGCUCUGAUGAACUCAGUUUUCAACGAGCAUCCUUCCCGCCGCAUCACAGAUGACUUCAUUGAGAAGAGUGUAUGUGAGGCGCUGGCCUCCUUUAAUGGAAACCGAGAAGAGGCAGACAACCCCAGCACAGGUAUCGGGGCGUUUCGCUUCAUGCUGGAGUCCAACAAAGGAAAGUCAAUGCUGGAGUUUCAGGAAUUGAUGACAGUCUUUCAGCUGCUGCACUGGAAUGGAAGCCUGAAGGCCAUGAGAGAGAGACAAUGCUCCCGUCAAGAAGUGCUGGCUCACUACUCCCAUCGGGCGCUGGAUGAUGACAUGCGUACCCAAAUGGCUGCUGAUUGGGUGAACCGGGAGCAAGGCUUGGCUAGCACCAUCGCCCAGGAGGUGGCGGCAACAGAUCAAGAACUUGAGGAGGCCAGGCUGGCCGGUCAGGAGCUGCGCUUCCACAAGGAAAAGAAGGACAUCCUGAUGCUGGCUGUUGGCCAACUGGGUGCAGCCAACAAUGCCACCCUGCCUUCAACCUGCUAGACAACUCUACCACAUGGGUGGAAUUAAAUCCCAGGACCUGCCUUUGCUAAUGAUUGUACAUGACAUCAUCAAGGAUAUUGUCACAGAAAGAUCUUACAUGCCAAACUAGACCAAUGUCUGUCACUUAAAUCUAUCUCACUAGAUUUUCUGCAUGAAGGAUUUUGAAAGUUAUUUGAAUAUUACAUAAUUUACGCACAUACAGUUGAAGUCGGAAGUUUACAUACACCUUAGCCAAAUAAAUUUAAACUCCGUUUUUCACAAUUCCUCACAUUUAAUCCUAGUAAAAAUUCCC